UUUUGCGCGAUUUGGCUUCAUUUUGGGGUUUGGCGCUUUUUCCCUGACGACUCUUUUAGAUUCUGCCACUUCCUUCACGUCAACGUUUCACUUCCAAUGGCCUCUCCUCCUUUUUCUUCCGCCGUUGUAAAGGAUGCAAAAGUGCUUAUGGUUGGUGCUGGUGGAAUUGGCUGCGAGCUUCUCAAGACUCUCGCGCUCUCCGGCUUCCCUGACAUUCACAUCAUUGACAUGGACACAAUAGAAGUCAGUAACCUGAAUAGACAAUUUUUAUUUCGAAAAUCUCAUGUCGGGCAAUCUAAAGCUAAAGUUGCUAGGGAUGCUGUGUUAAAAUUUAGGCCCCACAUAAACAUUACUCCAUACCAUGCAAAUGUCAAAGAUCCUGAAUUCAAUGUGGACUUCUUUAAGCAAUUUAACGUUGUUCUAAAUGGACUUGACAAUCUAGAUGCACGCCGGCAUGUGAAUCGCUUGUGCCUGGCAGCUAAUGUUCCAUUGGUUGAAAGUGGAACUACUGGGUUCCUUGGACAGGUAACUAUACAUGUCAAGGGAAGAACAGAGUGCUAUGAGUGUCAGCCUAAACCAGCACCCAAGACAUAUCCUGUCUGUACUAUCACAAGUACCCCAUCAAAGUUUGUUCACUGUGUUGUGUGGGCAAAGGACCUACUUUUUGCCAAGUUAUUUGGGGAUAAGAAUCAGGGAAAUGACUUGAAUGUUCGAUCUAGUGAUGGUGCUAGCUCUUCAGAAAAUGUAGAGGAUGUAUUUGAACGUAGGAAAGAUGAAGACAUUGAUCAAUAUGGAAGGAAAAUUUUCGACCAUGUAUUUGGGUAUAACAUUGAAUUAGCCUUGUCUAAUGAUGAGACAUGGAAAAAUCGUAAUAGACCAAAGCCUAUAUACAGCAAGGAUGUUCUGUCUGAUGAACUGGCUCAACAAAAUGGAAAUUUGGAGAAAAAUAAUGCGUGUGAUGAUGAAUUAUCAGUAUCUGCCAUGACAUCUUUGGGUAUGAAGAAUCCACAGGAUAUUUGGAGUCUCAAAGAAAACUCGAAAAUAUUUCUUGAAGCAUUGCGGCUAUUUUUUACAAAAAGGGAAAAGGAGAUUGGCAAUCUAGGAUUUGAUAAAGAUGAUCAGUUGGCUGUUGAAUUUGUUACUGCAGCUGCAAACAUACGGGCUGCUUCCUUUGGCAUCCCUCUGCACAGCCUUUUUGAAGCUAAAGGUAUUGCUGGUAAUAUUGUGCAUGCUGUUGCGACUACAAAUGCUGUUAUUGCUGGGUUGAUUGUCAUUGAAGCAAUCAAGGUGCUGCAAAAUGACAUUGAAAGUUGUAGAAUGACAUAUUGUCUGGAACAUCCGUCAAGAAACAUGCUGCUUAUGCCAGUGGAGCCAUUUGAACCUAACAAGUCUUGUUAUGUUUGUUCUGAGACACCUUUAUCCCUUGAAAUAAACACCAACCGUUCAAAGUUGAAAGACUUUGUCGAAAAAAUUGUUAAGGCAAAACUAGGGAUGAACCUUCCUCUUAUUAUGUGUGCUUCAAACCUCCUUUAUGAAGCUGGUGAUGUUGAGGACGACAUGAUUGCCAUUUAUGAGGCUAACCUUGAAAAGGUCCUGGCUGAGCUUCCUUCUCCAGUAACUGGUGGAACAAUGCUUACGGUGGAGGAUAUGCAACAGGAAUUUGUUUGCAGUAUUAACAUCAAACACAGAGAGGAGUUUGAUGAAGAAAAAGAACCUGAUGGGAUGGUUCUCUCAGGAUGGACUCAACCAGUGUCAGCAACAGAAAAUAAAGACAAAUCUGUUGGCAAUGGUGCAAGCACCUCAGAUGCAGUAGUAACAGCUGUGGAAUCUGAAAAGGAUGAAGAAAUAACUAUAGUUUCAACCUUGAAGAAGCGAAAGCUUCCAGAUGAGACUGACAUUUCAAGUGCCACUGAAGCAAAACAUCAAAAGCAGUUGGAAGUAAUUGAUGACGAAGACGAUCUUGUCAUGCUUGAUGGUGAUUUAGACAGCUUUAAAAAGAGAAGAUUCUCAUAGUCAAUUCAUGGACUAAAAUCAGCAUGAAUUCUUGCAUCCUAAUUUUGUAUUUAUAGGGAGGUUUGGCGAUUCUUUUGGCCAUAAUAGUUGUUAGGAAUGUUGCUAUUAGUCUUUUGCUUGACAUAGAUACUGUUUUUCUCCCUUGUGCUUUCUCAGUAGCCGCAACAUGUAUUAUUCUCCCUGACGCCUGACAGAGAGGAUCAUUGACCUCAUAAAUUAACUCUCUCACACAUGACAUUAGUGAUGAUCAACAGUUUUGCAAACUGAUUAGCUAUUCAAUUAUUGUCAUGUAUACUAUAUUCUAGAUUUGAAAUGUGAUUUGUCUUUUAUCUGUUGAAUUU